AUUUGUCUUUUCUGCUGUUUAGUACGUAAGAAAACAGAGGAAAAUCAGCAAUAGGUCUGUGGCUCGUUGACUGUGUGUUUUGGAAUUGCUUACAACAUGAGUGCGAAAAAGUACCUUAAAAUGCCUGCUCAGCAGCCUACACAGCCUGCAGCAAAAACAGAGAAAGAAGAACAAUUAUGGAAUGCCUUGAAACGGCACAUAAUGCGUGAACGAGAGCGGAAAAAACAAGAGCUGGAGGCAGAGGUAGAAGAAGAGCGUCUGCGUAGAGAACGAGAAGAGAGGGAAAAACAAGAUGUAAUGACGCUUGGGGAAACAAAAGAACAAAUUCAGAUGCUUGAAAAAAAUUUAGAUGAAUUGCGGAACGAGAAGCAGCAACUAUUUCUGCAGCUAAAAAAGGUGUUGAACGAGGACGACAAUCGAAAACGGCAAAUGAAAGAAGAGAUGUUUGCGAUACAAAGUAUUCCUCAGCAAAUAUUCUUACCCCAGCGGCCCAUGCCCCCGCACCAGCAGCAUAUGAUGCACAAAGUGAGUCCAUCAGAAGUUCUGCUUUCGUCGGAACGUAUAUUCAACGACGCUUACCCCAACUUGCAGGGCAACCCGCAGGUGAAUGCGGCAAAACGCACCCACAGCCCUUCAUCAUCACAGCACAUUCAGGGCUACUAUAAGCAGCCCAACCCCAACAAUCAGCCUUACCCUCCUCCGCAGAAGAUCGAGGAAGGUAGACGGGGCGGCGAAGUGGCCCGUGCCGUUUUGUGGAACAAAUCGCAGUAUUGCCCACCAGUUGGGUUCUAUCCAGGAACACCGCCAACAAACCCGCAAGAUGGGCGUCAGCAACAACCGCAAAUUUUGUAUCCGUACCAGAGUAAUCUGACGAUACCCAUGCGCCAAUACGUAGACAUUCAAACUCAACCAGGACCUGCGACUCAGCCGAAACCGGAACAAUUAGUGGUUGGCGGAAAAGUUGGUCCGUUGCCACCAACCCAGUCAAAUAUGUUCCACAUAAGUCUGGACCAGAAUGCGGCUGCAAUGCAUAAUCAGCCCCCGCCUCAGAUGAAAACGAUCACAAUCGAAAAGAUACCGUAUCACAUCGAGCUUGCGAAGCAUGACGAUCGCAAGGAUCUGAGGCAAAUGCAAGGUCCACCACCGACCCAACCCGGUGUUGUGACUUCGCAUCUACCAGAUGGUAUCGUUUAUGCACCAAGCCUUCGCCCAGGUGCCAUUCAAAUGCACGCAAUUGCUACCAAUCAGCAAUUACCGAAGAGUGGAAGCAUAACACAGGGUUAUCCAUCAGCAAGACCUCCUCCCAUCAGCAAUCCUCAGCAGCCGCCGCCUUCUCAGAUGCAUUACAAUCGUCACCGUUACUAGCAUGCUGUCACUAUACAACGGAGAUGAUGAUAAGAUUCUUACGCUGAAAAGAAGAAAACUAGUAAAAGCAUGCUUGCUAUUGUCUAAUCUUUAAAGUAAUAUUUUCAUGUCGUUUUCAAGCGACUGGAAAGGCGUGUAAAUUCAUGGAAAAACGCAUUUACAUAAGAUAAAU